GACCAGUGUAGUUUGGGUACAAGAUUGGAGUAAAACAUACACCGAAGAAGGCAAAUUAAAGAUGUCACUGUCACACAGUCGUUCCACCGCUCACAUCUUCUCAUCCAAUAAUCAUUCAUGCUCCUCACUGGUCAACAACUUGGCUCCCGAUUCCACCACUUCAUCUUCCAGUACUCUGCCUGGUCAAAUUCCCCAGAUGGAAGAAGGACCAUAUGGCUAUUCGAUGGGGUCUCAGGGAUUGUCCAGGACAAGUGAUAGGAGCGGAGAGACGAUGAUGGCCAUGGCAUAUUUGCCCUAUUCUACUUGCUCAAACUCGACAAUGGAAAGACCAGUGCAGCACAGUCACGUUAUACAACAGGAGUUUUCUCAGUUCAUGCUUCCUCCUCCUCCAUCUACAUUUCGGCAACCAGGCCAGAAGAAAGGCCUGAGUAAAGACAGCAUGGAAUACCGGAUGAGGCGUGAGCGUAACAACAUCGCUGUGAGGAAGAGCCGGGAUAAAGCACGCCGACGUAUCCAGCUCACCCAGCAAAAGGCCUUGGAGCUUCAGCAGGAAAAUCACAGGCUACUACUGCACAUCGAACAGCUUAGCCAUGAGGUGGACACGCUCAGUCGCUAUCUCUCUCAGCGCCACCUACAGACCAAAGUCAAUGAUGGAAGAGUUGAAGAGAACUGUUGAGUGACCUUAGAAACUCGCUUACCUUAGGUAUCAGGUUAGUGGACCUGACUGCAUAAUUACAUAAAUGAAGAAAUGUAAAGACUAUAAGAUUGUAUUGUUAUAUUCUAAACUCGCUCGGUUUAUAUAUCAGUAGGAUAGUCUGUAGAACAAUAUUCAGAUCAAAAUGGACCAACGUUAUUCUGAAAUGUAGUCAAGAUAGCUAAAUUACAGAUUGUAUCACGUUAUUAAAGGGCUUCCUUUAUGUAUUAAAUUAACCCAUUAAAAGAGAAGCAGGAAAAUGGCACACCUUUGGCAAGUUCAAUAGUCUCUAACUUAUAAAACUAACUAACAUCCAGAAAACAUUAUAAUGGUGUUGCGGAAUUUUUCACCUAUAUUGGUGCAAAUGUAUUUUUUUUGUGUUUCACCAAGAAUCCAGGGUGUAACCGCAGCAUACUUCAGUAAUUAUUGUAGUGUUCUUGUGGUAAAAGUGGAAUAAACAAAGUUUCAAGAGAAACAAGAUGUUUCAUACGAAGGUCCUUCAUCAGCUGUGCAAGCAACGUCUUUCUGGCUCCAUCUUAUUAAUAAGCGCAAAAUUUCACAUCCCUUUUGCCAUUCGCUUGAUAAUUUCUUUUAAUAACCUUAUAUGUAUCGUAGCUUCGGAAGGGAACCUCAGUGCUCACUGAAUCAUGGGGAAGCCAUGGCCUAAUGGUUACAGAAGCAGCUUUGGGACCAAAAGGUCGCCGGUUCGAUUCUUUGGACCAGCAGGAAUGGCUGAAGUGCCCUUGAGCAAGGCACCUAACCCCCAACUGUUCCCCAGGCUGCUCUGGGUAUGUUGUACGUCGCUCUGGUUAAGAGCGUCUGCUAAGUGCCUGUAAUGUAAUCUCGUUGUAUGUGAAUAAUGACAAUAAAUGUAACAGAUCAUUAGAGUGGAGGAGUAAGGUGGAGAAAAAAAUAAUUUUGGGUUUAAAACUCAAAACAAGUAGCAGAAACCAAGAAAACGUCCUUUGAGGCAAUUGAAAUAAAUCCACUUUUAUAUCACAUUAACGUUCAUUUCUAUUUGAUUGUUUUAUGGUUAAUAUCUUAACAUGAACUUUUUAAGCAUUACAGAAAAACAUGAUGAUUUCUGUUACUUAUGAUGAUGAAAUAGCGCUAAUGCUCGCAUUAAUUGGCUUGUUAAAUAAGUUUAUGCAAUCCUUUGCACUGAACUUAUAUUUCAUAUAAAUACUAUAUGUUUUAAGAUAAUUUACUGGCCGUAUGUGUGUGUCAGAAAUGUUAGUGAUAAAAGAAGAAGAAGAAUUGUCCUAAUAUACACAACUGUAUAGCAUGUGCAAGUGCAAGAGAACCUUAAACAAAGGACAAAUACAAAAUAACGGAGAAAGUUUUUUUUUUAACUUUGGAUUUUUAUUUUCUAGAUUUAAAUUUUUGUUUUGUUGAAAAGUAAAAAAGUAAAUAAAGGUCACUUUUAAACUAUUACUUGCUCUAUAUAUUAUGUUUCACAUUUAAUAGCAGAUUUUCCUUUACCUAUAUUUUUAAUAAACCACUCAAAGUUUAGAUGU